ACAUAUACAGUUUUGUAGUAGCGUUUAAGGCAUAAAGCGUUAUUGUACUGUGUGUUAAUUGAAUUUCCCACAGUCUGCCUUUACGUGUCUAUCACCUGUUUCAUUAUAUUUUAUAAUUCUGGUCAAAAACCGUCUAUUUGUGUUAAGCUGUGCGACAUUGACAUAACUGGUGAAAAAGCGCGUGCAAUGUCCCUUUUUCCCAUUCUGGAUUUACUGUUUACGUAGAUCCAAAAGAUGGCUCCCACUGCACUGUUAGUUCUACUGGUGCUCCAGUUUGGACUUGGUCAAAGCUCUCACAAGCAUUCUGAUGAUGAUCACUAUUUUGACCAACAGCAUAAUCCUGAGCACGACAUGGACAUGCUGCUGGGAGAUGAGGACACAGAGGAGUUCAAGAAGCUCAGCCCUGAAGAGCAGAAGAAAAAGAUGAUGCAAAUAGUAAAGAAAAUUGACACGAAUGGAGACAAUCUGCUAAGUGCAGAGGAGAUCACUGUGUGGAUUCAGCAGGUCUACAGGAACUAUGCCCUGGAUGAUGCAGAAGAGCGUUUUCCAGAGUAUGACACUGACAAUAAUGGCGUUGUAACAUGGGAAGAAUACAACAUGGUUGCUCAUGGGCAGCUCAUAAAUUUUGAUGACAAUCCAGUGAUGGAGGAUGCAGAAGAGGAGUCCAUUAGACAUCUCCAUCAGAAGGAGAGGAGGCGCUUUGACCAUGCUGAUCUGGACGGUACUCCUGGUCUUAAUGUAUCCGAGUUUCUUGCCUUCACACACCCAUCUGAAGUGGAUCACAUGGAUGACUUUGCAAUUGAAGAUGUUUUGAGUGAAUAUGACACAGAUAAUGAUGGAUACAUCAGUCUGAGUGAAUUUAUUGGAGAUGUGCGCGGUGAUGAUGAUUCCCCUUCACAAUGGGAAAUGGAAGAAACUGAGCGUUUUAAAGAUCUCUAUGAUCAAGACAAGGAUGGGAAGCUGGACCGAGCAGAGCAGCUUCGCUGGGUGGCGCCUAAUAGUUACGGUUCCGCAAGAGAGGAGGCCCUUCACCUCAUUAAGGAAAUGGACGGUGAUGGAGACGGACAGAUCUCUCAGGCCGAAGUUUUGAAAAACCAAGAAACAUUCAUGAACAGUGAAGUGACAGACUACGGCAGACAGCUGCAUGUUUCCCAUGAUGAAUUGUAAUUAAAGUGAUAGAAUUUUCAUGUCAAUUCAUGUAGUUGUCAUUGGUUAAAUUCUUUAGUUUUGAAAGAGGGAAUAUAUUUUCACAGAACUGUCUGAUACAGUGAUGUUAAAGAAAGUCGUUACAAAACAAAAUUAAAUCUAUACAAUGCAAUGCAGCCACUAGUGUAGGGAUAAUUGAACAUUUAACAUAAAUAUCAAAUUAACUGUAGGUAAUUUGAUCAUAUUUAAAGAUCUGAAAUGAAAGUGUUUUAGAAGGGUUUUCUUUGAAUAGUUGAACAAGUGAAAUGACGUGAAUCUCCGUGUUUCUUCUCUUCCUCAUUCAAAUCUAUCGAGAGAGUGGUUUGUGGCAGUUGAAGGGUUGGUUUCCUGAAUGUAGACUCAACUGUUUCUCUUGCACUGAGCAGCAGCCUGCUACACGGCUGAAAGAGCGAAUUUGUGAAUUUAAGUGGAUUAUCUGAUGAGGACAGUUUAACCCACAGCCAAGAUGAAACUGGAGUUUAAAGAUUCAUUCUGGGUGAGUUAUUCAGGAGUUCGUUUGUAUUUGUAGUUGUUUAACACUUCAUCCUACCUCCAGCAACACCAUUAAAAACUAUUAUGUUAGUUUGGUAAACAAAUUAAACAAAAAUGUCAAAUUUUGGUGAAAGUGUAUGACUGCAAAUUAUAGAAGCCAAAAUAAAAGUUUAUCCUAUUUGA